CCCGCACUAAAACAGCAGUAAUGCACCAUGUGAGAGACAGAAUACUCGACUCGCAAGAGCUGCAUCUUUUCUUUUCUUGUCUCGUGCAAAACGUCAUAUUCCUAGCUUUUGUGUGAGAAAAUCAUGUCUGCCACUGCGUUACGAGCAUCAUACAGAAUGGCGUCCCGCCCGCAGCAACGACUGGCGAGCAUUCAGAAGCACUUUAGCACGUCACAGUCCGCGAAGAAAGAGAUCAGAGACGCAUACAUUCUGUCUGCAAGCCGGACGCCCACGGGUGUUUUCAAUGGCUCUUUCACAACUGUGUCCGCGACACAGCUCGGCGCCACCGCCAUCAAGUCCGCAGUCGCCAAAUCGAACGUCCCGGUCUCCUCGAUAGAUGCCGUGUACAUGGGCAAUGUGCUCUCUGCAGGUGUGGGACAGGCACCCGCCAGGCAAGCUGCCAUCUUCGCUGGUCUGCCUACCAACAUCGAGGCCACCACCGUCAACAAGGUGUGCGCCUCCGGCCUCAAGGCCGUGAACCUUGCCGCACAGUCGAUCGAGCUCGGACAAGCAGAAGCACAGGUUGCCGGCGGCUUCGAGAACAUGACCCGCGUGCCCUACUACCUGAACAGGGCGAGCCAGCAACCCCCAUUCGGACACCAGAAGCUCCAGGACGGACUCAUCGGCGAUGGCCUUUGGGAUGUUUACAACCAGAUCCACAUGGGCAACUGUGCGGAGAACACUGCAAAGAAGUACGAGGUCACCCGCGAGGAGCAGGAUGAGUUCGCCAUCUUGACGUACAAGCGUGCACAGGAGGCUUGGAAGCAGGGACUCUUCAAGGAUGAGAUCGCCCCCGUCACCGUCAAGGGCAAGAAAGGCGACACCGUCGUCGAGGAGGAUGAAGGCUACAACAAGUUGAAGCUUGAGAAGGUUCCAACACUGAAGCCUGCAUUCGUGAGGGACGGUACUGGCACCGUCACAGCGGCAAACAGCUCGAGCUUCAGCGACGGAGCUUCCGCUUUGGUCUUGGGAAGCAAGGAGAUCGCACAGAAGUACGGAAAGGACAGCAGGGUGUUGGCGAAGAUCGUCACGUACGCUGAUGCUUCUGUUGAUCCUAUUGAUUUCCCAAUUGCGCCUGCAUCCGUUGUAGAGAAGCUCCUCAAGCAAUCCGGUCUCUCCAAGUCUGACAUUGCUGUCUGGGAAUUCAACGAAGCCUUUGCCGCUGUCAUCAAGGCAAAUGCUAAGAUCCUUGAUCUUGGUGUCGACAACGUCAACCCCAGGGGUGGCGCCAUCGCUCUUGGCCACGCACUCGGAAGCUCAGGAAGCAGGAUCCUGGUGACUUUGUUGCACCAGCUCGAGGUUGGCCAGUAUGGUGCCGCUGCCAUCUGCAACGGCGGAGGAGCAGCCACGGGAAUUAUUGUACAAAAGGUCAGCCCCGACAGCCUGUAAAUGGAUCAGCUGUCAUUUAGAUACGAUAUGCAAAAAUAAAAAUGUAAUGUACGACUUCAUACCCUGAGCUACCUGCCAACUAGACCGAACUUGUGAUACAGAUGGAUGUCCAACAACGACAUGUCUGUGCCCUCUCUGUACAUCGCCUAGCAAUAAAAGCAAAAAAAAUCAUGCAGAUUAUCAAAUAUCGACGUGGG